AUGCACAAGAUAGCUACCACUCUCACCUUGGCCCAUGGGAACAGCAGCAGCAGUAUUGAGCCCCUCCUGUCAGGCACCAAAGCUGCCAGUUUCUCCGGCCGCCUGUCCUCCUCCAGUUCGGCCUCGACUGUGUUCGCCCCGGGUCUGAGGAAGUAUCCCCAGGAGGGGGCGCUGUCUUCCCUGACAGCCUCCUCCAGCCAGGCCAAAGCCCUGCUGGCCAGCCUGUCAGCCUCCAGCCUGUCAGCCUCCAGCCUGAGCGCCGAGGCCCUGCUCCUCUCCUCCACCUUCCGCCAACACCGCCUCCUCCGCGAGCAGCAGCGCGCCUCCUCCCUGCCCAACGGCCGCUCCUCCAACUCCACCACCACCUCAACCACCACCUCCUCUUCCUCCACCUCCUCCACCUCCACCACCUCCUCCUCUCCCUCCUCCCCGACCGCCCUGACCUCCCUCAACCUCUCCUCCGUGGGGCUCAAGCCCAGCGGCCGCAGCCUGCAGCACUCCGGCUCCAACAGCUACAAGGAUCGUGGCAGCAAGACCCUGCUCAAGCCUGUCUCCCCUAGCAACUCACAGUGAAGUACAAGAGGAUGGAUGGGAGGAGGAGGAAGAGGAGGAGCACAAUCAAAGCACCAUCACAUGCCAAAAAUGAAGAGGAAAACAAGCACACUAGCCCUGCCCACAAUGCCAAGCGUUAUAUGCAGCAACACAUAUCAGUGGAGAGUUCCCCAGAGUUAACUUUCUGAGUGGCACUUUGCUGCCCUUGGUCUCAGUCCAGCAGCCAGAAUCUUCACAUAUCUAUAAUUAUACAGUACAAGAGUUGAUGGUGGUUCCUCUCUGGCUCUCCCACUCAGUAGUACUGACUGUUCCCAAGACCCCCAGAGAACGAGCUCAAAGAUGGGCCUCGGCCUCCUUUCACUCCCACUGCCUAGCCUGGUCUGUUCCGGUCUGAUCUGGUCUGUUCCGGUCUGAUCUGGUCUGUUCCGGUCUGAUCUGGUCUGGGUGGACAGAAAAACAGUGCCAGUACUUUAUGAACUCUCAGUUUGUCAUCACACCAUUUGCCAAAUCUUACUGGAUGGAACCUAAGUGGAGUAGAUGUGAUAUCUAGACUGUGACUUAUAUUAUACAGAGUAGAGUUGCAAUAAUCAACGAGUACAGUACAGUAGUCGUGUGUGUUCAGAGCUAUAGUAGUCGUAUUCCAGCACCUGGCACAAUGUGAAUCUGUCGAGAAAAACAAAGCUAAACCAAGGUGGUGGUUUCCAUUCUGAGACCGUUUUCUGUUUGUUCGUUUCUUUAUUUCAGACUUAUUGCAUCGCCUGUGUAGAAGUCGAAACUGGUGCUAUAGUUCUCCCUGUUUUGUAAAGGGUUUACAUGAAUGAAACGGCACCCAUUCAAUGUGACUGUACAUUCCACUGUGUAUCUCAUGCUACAUCCCUGGAGUGGCUUAAGACUGCUUCUCUCCGGCAUCUGAUUCCAUUCUUACCCUCAUUCUCUGUGGCCCCACUAUUAACACAGCAGUUUGGCAAUGGAAGAAAAGGCCAGGGAGCUGCUUUUGUUGAGGUCCUCAGGUUUGAGAGUCUGCGCACAAUUGUAUCGCCCACAAUGGCACGUUAUAGGAACAGUAAUGUGAUAUUACAGUAGAUCAGUUAUUUAAUGACUGAGCUGGUACAUGAAGAAGGGGGAAAAAAAAGAAAAACACAAAUAUAUUGAAACAGUGAAAUUGAUCGUUAAGGAAUGUAGAAUGUGUAGACAUGAAUGUUGUAUGACAAUCAGGACGUAUCCACAGUGGACUGAUUUUGCCUUGGACUGGCGUUCCCCGCUGCAGUGAUUACACUCUUAACUCAACACACACUCACGUGACCAGGCACCGGCAUACAGCAGUAGAUGAGACGGAGAUCCGCCAAACUGCUUAUGAAAAGCACAGUCUCCAGUUGUUCUGUGUCAGGACUGUUGACUAGAUUGCCCAUUUCUCUAUUUCAUGACUGUGGAACCACUGGUCAUGAAUGAGCCCACACUGGUUUGAUAGUAAUCGCUUUGAAUGGAUAAAAGGAACAGAAUGUUGGAGAGAGAGAAACAAGGGCCACUGUUGAAAGGACCAGAAUUGUGGACCAGGUGAUUAUUGUUUAGCUGAUUAUUUACAAGACAUGUUGCACAAUGACUUUCAGUUUGGCCUGUGUGUAUUUUCAAUGUUUGCUCUAGAUAAAACACGCAAUGAGUCUAUCUGGACCUCCCCCGACACAGAAUCAGGCUUAGCCCACAGCUGUUGGUAAGGUUGCCACUGGAAUUGGCUGCUUUUGUCCUGUGAUAUAUGUUAUGGAGAAUCAUUUGGUUCAUGUACGACGGCACCUUAAACCGGAGUGCUUACGCAGAUCACUGGCUCCAUUCCUCACAGCUGACUUAAGAGCUUGGAAGUGUUAUGAGGAUAGAAACACACUUUCAUCGAAGACGUGUCGAUGGUUUCCCUGCUUGUUAAUCUUACGCCAGCAAACACUCUGAAGCUCUCUUUCUUCUGUGAUGCGUCACCAAGGCGACCUAGGGGGUUAUGGCCGUGUGUAGCCCUAAUUCAUUCUUCAAUUGUUCGGUAGACAAGUGCGUGAAAUCAAUUUUUCGUGUGGCAUUGAGAUGAAAACAAUUGCUUGUGAAAGCGGCCGGUGUCAAGUUGCAGAGAGCUUGAGGUGGGGAGAUUGGUUUUCAUGUCUGAAGGCUGGUGUAAUAACACAGUGCUUUAACUCUUCUCUACUGGGUUCAUGACGCGUAAAAGGCUUGGUUAGACAGACAGGUUUAUCUGGACGUCAAUGUUUGACACCCUUUUGAGUUUAAGAAGGCUAUUAUUUUUUUGCAACUUGCUCUCUGUGCUGUCCUUUGGGGAGAUGUGUCUAUGCAUCAAACCCUUCUUGGAAGAGGUUCCCUCUGGACCUGAUGCCUGACUGCCAUGGUGCUGUUCUAAUUGCACAAAAUGAUCAAUGUCGCAAUUUCCCCAUGAGAGCACAGAGUGGACCUGUCUGCAGGAACCCUCUGGAACUUUGGUUUCAUUGGAGACCCACCAAAGAUACUGUUCAUCAGUGACUCCGACAACACAUUGCUGUAAAGAUCAGAACAAAGGGGUACAUAUUGGCACGCACGCACGCACGCGCACACACACACACACACACACACACACACACACGCACACACCAUAGUGUGUCAGAAUGUGGCCGUGGCAUUGCAAUAAGCACACCCUCUGUUCUGUCAGCGAGACAACGGCAAGCUCACGGCACAGCAAGUUAAUUAAGCCUCACACUGGCUGCACUGUAGCAAUGCAGGCCUCUAGCCCUAGGUUUUAUAAAGUGAAGCCAAAUGAAAGAUAUGUACUUACUUGUUCAGCUCCACACUCAAAUCCAUAACUCCCAGCACUGCUUUUGCAUCUGGCAGGGUGAUGGGGAGGAAGGGAGGGAGGUAUUCACACUUCGCUGCUUUUACACAGGAAAGUCCAAGAUGAGAACACCAAGAAUGCGGGACAGUGCUUUUUUGAGUCACCAUAGCACUAGUGUUAUUGGACUGUAGAUUUCAAUAUAGCUGAGUCUUGGAGGGGUUUAUUGGUAGUGGGGAUGAGAAAGGGAGGGUGGAGAGUGUGGAGACACUCGUAGUGAAAGCCCCUGGCAAUCAGAGAGAGAGUUCAUUGCAAACUUGAAAUGAAAAUGAAAAAUAAUCAUGUGUAUAUGAAUAUAUCUUCGUGGAGAUGUUUGUGUAUGAUAUUAAUAUAAUUGUGAAGAAAGUGUGACACAUAGGUCUGGAUUAAAUUAUUAUAAUGUACAAUUUAAAUCAUCCUCUUUUGGAGAUUUAUAUGAGUAGGCAGUUUGUACAGACUUUCCUUUUCAAUUCUUCGAGAGAGAUAAUGUAUUUCACAUUAGCAAAUUAUUUAUUCAUAAGCAGAGCAUUUUUAUAUUGAUUUGAAAAUAUUUAUCUGUAUAGAAGACAGGACAGGUAUGUAAUAUAUAGUGGAGCUCAUUUUUAAUUCUGGGAUCUUUUUAUUAACACUAUUUUUAACAGUUGUGUGAGUUUCCUCUUUUGUUGGCCUGCUGGCCCAUACUACUGGUAUGUUUAGGGAGAGGUUGCCCCUGAGCUGGUCCAGGACAACGUCUGCUCCCAGGCCUCCACUAGCUAACAUUCAUUUUGAGGUAAGGGGAGCUGUUCCUAGACCUGUUCUUAGAGGCGUGCCUUUUCUUUGGAACUUCUGUUGGUUUACUUAGUCCUCUUCUGGUCUCUGUCCUAGUCUUUGUAUUACAUAGCGCUCCUUAUGCCUGACUGAUGUGUUCUUCACCCUUGGCUGAUUCCAGUGAUGUUAGAGAGAAGUCUGGUGGGAGUCAGCGAGUGAGAGAUGAGAGACAACACUGUGAAGUGGGUGUUUAUAUGAUGAUGCAACAUGACCUUGCUGCUCUGAUUGGUUGUAUUGAUCUACCGUGAAAGGACUGUUCACAAGAGAGGGGUUGUCUGUUCCUCCUGAAGGCAUCCAACUAAAAUGAAUAGCCCAUACUAGAAACUCCUCUACUGGUGGUUCGAUAGGAUGGUAUUACAUCUGUAUGGCCCAAAGUUGUUAACGGAGAAGGAUCUCAGCAUUGAACAAGUCAUUUAGGAUUCAAUGACAAACCAAGAGCCCGUAACGCGGAUAGAUAUGGAGCGUUAGCUUUUUGUUCGUCAUCAUAAUCUUUGUCUAUUGAGACGUGUUUGGUUCUGUUUUUAAUAAAUGAAAGAGACAUAUGUGCAUUGUUUGACCUGCUGUCUGUGGUGUGUGCAGUACUGUAUGAGGUUCUGACAUGAAUGUGUGGAUGUUCCAAACUCUUGGCAUCGAGAAGAUAACAAGACAAAACGAUUAUGUAAAUAGACGGAGUAAUUCCUGGAAAGUGCAACAAAAUAUUAUGUCCAAAAUAAUGAUUUAUUAAUUCAAAGAUGGACACAAAGGUAUAUUAUAAAACAAUGCAUGAAAUAUUGUCAAGCAAUCGCACGGUGCAGUUGUUGUCUACAUGUUUUCUUCAAAAACAGAGCGAGAUGGAAGUGGUACACCUCUUUUUCUAAGGUUUACAACGGUAGAGAACCAGACCUUUUUUUUUUACUUUGGAUCUUUCUGUGACACAGGUAUGUUCAGUCUUACUGUGUUCAGUGAUGCAACGGUGAUGAUGGCUAAGAGUGAGGAGUGUUCCCAACCAUCCAGAACGCUUCAACGCACCUUCACCAGAAAACACCACCAAUUUUGAUCUCCCACUUGUAGAGUAGUGUGACAUAAUGAUCAAUACAACAACAAAAAAUAGAUCUAUAUAAAUAUAAAUACCUACUGAUACUGGACAUUCUCAUUUAUCAGUGUGGAUGCCAUGAUAUUCUGUGAGAAAUGUGUUGUUUUUUUUGUUCCUUUCUGUGAGAAGACCGGCAGUUGAACCUGCUUCCUUUUGUACAUACUUGCUGUGGUUGUGUGUGUCUAAUAAAGUGCAGCUCUCUUGUA